UGUGCAGUGUGCACCCUGCUUGCAUUCAUGUUCUUUUGACACUACGAGAUUACACGAGUCAACGAGUCAUUAAGUCUACUCACAGGAGACUACUACGAGAUGCAAGGUUCAGAACCUGUAAUCACAGUUCACGAUAUUGCUCUCGCCGCAAGCUCCUCAGAGGAAACUCAAUCCUUGACUCUCGACCAAGCCUUGGGUCAAUCGGCUAAAGACGAUAGAAGGUUAUUGCGGAUGCUGGGCUUCUCAUUCUUUAUAUUCGGGUUGGUCAACAACGUUUUGUAUGUGAUUAUCCUCUCAGCAGCCUUGGACUUGGUACCACCUGCUACCCCGAAGGGUAUCAUUGCUUUCUGUAAUAUCGCACCAGCCUUGAUUGCAAAAAUUGGAUGGCCCUAUCUCUUGAAAGGUCGUAUACGAUACGUGAAACGCCUUGUCGGGUGCUGUGCUCUCAGCUCUAUUGGAAUGCUCGUCGUUGCGGGUUUCGACUCACUUUACGCGCGGCUGUUAGGAAUAUGUUUUGCUUCUUUCGCCUCCGGUCUCGGCGAAUUGACUUUCCUUCAGUUAUCUACCACGUACGUGCCCUCAGCGAUAGCUGGCCGCAGCAUUGGGUACUUUGCAUCUGGUACCGGUGCUGCUGGGCUCGUCGGAGCCUUUCUUUGGUGGGAAGUUCGUGGCUUGGGUGUGCGUGUCGGAGUUGGGUUGUCCUCGGUGCUUCCGCUCAUUAUACCCCUUACAUACUUCCUCCUCCUUCCUCCAAAUAGCGCGUUUCUAUAUACUUCGUUGCCCACGGAUGAAGAUGUCUCAUCUAGUUUGCCCUACACACCUCUCGCGACCACGACAGACGAAGACGAUCCCGACGAAGUAAGACUGGGCAAGGCAACUUCGACUUUAUCGCCGAGUGACAAAUGGCGCUUGGUGAAGCCCCUAUUGGCAAAAUAUAUGUUACCACUGUUUUGCGUUUAUCUCUUUGAAUAUACUAUCAACCAAGGAAUAGCGCCGACGUUAUUGUACCCAGUUCCCCCAGCUGACAAGUAUUGGUUUCUGAGCAAAAUCAUUCAUUCUGUGCGGGAUUACUACCCACUAUGGCAGCUUGUAUACCAAACUACAGUAUUCCUUUCCCGCUCUUCCAUCUCCUUUGGUUUCCCUCCUCUACGGGAGGGACUUCUCCCUCUUCCGGCCAUUGUACAAGGCUUCAUAUUAUCAUUACUGGUAUUCGAGUCUGCCAUUGGAUUUGCCGCUGACGAGUUUGAGGCCACGAAUAUCGCGAUUGUGUUUGCACUGAUAAGCUGCGAGGGAAUCUGUGGGGGGUUGGCGUAUGUUAACACCUUUUACCAAAUUAAUCAAGAACAUCCCGACCCUAGGUCUGACGCACAUGAUGCAGAGAGUAUCAAGCAGGAAAGAGAGUUCAAGAUCGGGUCGAUAGGAUUCGCAGAUUCAUUCGGGAUCUUGAUGGCCUCUUUGGUAGCUGUUCCCACCGAGCUUACUCUAUGUAAAGCGCAGGUCAAUCGGGGAAAGCUACUGUGCAAGGGCCUGUGACCGGAUUUCAAGUCCUUUCCACGAAUUUACCCUACUGCAAGAUAAUGCUUGUACGCUCUUGCCAGUAUAUCUGUACUUUAUAGAGUAUAAUUAGUAGAGAGUAUUUGCUGUCUACCCAUCAAAGUUAUUCAAAAAUCAGUCCUAGAUUUGCCUGUUGCG